AUGGAGACGACUUUGCUGUCGUACUCCAGGCAAAACCUUCCUCGACCAGCACGUCUCUAUUCGACUCCUUCAAAACGGGCGAAUGCCCCGGCUCUCGCGACAGCGACACAACCUCCGAGUGGCUACCCUCCGUAUAUGCCUACCGCACAGCCUACAGAUGCAUCCGUAAACGAUAUGGAGGGCUUCUUGCGGCGCCGGACAUCUUAUACCAUGCUCCCAACGCCUCUACCAGACGACGAGACUAAUCCGCUGAACGAUUUUUACUUCACGGAUUCGCCUACUCAAGACUUAUUAUCUGUAAUGGAUGCUUGUCUGCAUAACCUGUAUGAUGUGCCUCGUGCGAAAGGCAUCUUCGAGCGUCUACGGGCCACGGAUAAAGGCGAGGUACUCUUAGACUCGCGAGUUUACAAUUCGUUUAUAGAGGCGUUCUUGGAGAUGGCUUUGGACAAGGAUUCUGAUCAGCCUGCGGGGUGGGUAGAGGAUGCAUGGAAGCUCUUCCAUGAACUCGAUGGCGAGCAGACAAAUGCCCGACCAACUGCAAAUACAUACGCACUCAUGCUCCUGGCUUGGCUACGAUAUAACUCGGAAUCAGGUCUUAUAAAACCCCUUGCUUUUACGGACGCACAUGACCCUGCAGCACUACUACGGAGUAUGAUUGACCGUCAGAUUCCUGUUACUCUUGUUGUCUCCGACCGUGCAUUCACGUCAAAUGACGAGGCAUCACAAGCCAUUCAGGCCCUUUCGAAAGCCGCAGUUGAGAUGGGCCUGUCAAAGAUAGUCAACGAGUUGGGCAUGGCGGAGUCGCUAGGCCGGCAGGAAGCUGACCCUCUCGAAGAUGUCCCCGAGGCGAAACCCGUUCUGCGUCGCAAGAAACUAGAGAACAUUCAGAUGACACACGCCGAAGACGGUCGAAUCGUAGACAUUGAAGUCCAGGGUCCUAUCGAGAACGAUAGCUACGAGAUUCCUUUUAAUCUUGAGACCUUGCGGAAACAUCUGUCUCAAGUCGUCUUUGCGCGUCGGGUACUGGCUGAAGACGUCGCUGCACGCCAGAAGCUGCUAGAGGAAUCUGUCUACGAUGUUGCAGUGGAGCGAUUAAAGCACCAGGCAGAAUUAUUUGAUGAGCUUGGGCUUAGCAAUAAGGCCAUGAAAAGCACCGAUCUCCGUACAUGGAUGUGGGAAUGGCAUCAGAAACUGCAAAUUCGUUUGAAAGCGGAGAUUGACCACAUUGUGCAGGAGGAGAAUAGGCUGGGCCGUAAGAUUGAGUCAAAAAGUGGUGAAAUGAAGCGAAGUGCUGGGUUAAGUCCAUUCCUUUCACUUUUGACUCCGGAAAAGUUGUCCCUUAUUGCGAUCAUGGAGUUAAUGCAUCUCCAAGGGACUGGUGGUGUGGCAGACGGCAUGAAAACUGCGCGGGCUCUUCUCGCAGUCGGAAAGGCCGUUGAGCUUGAACACAAGGCUGAGAUGUGCAAGAAGAGCAACCUUCCUAUCCCCACAAGUUCUGGUCGCACUUCAGACCACAGUUUCUUCACGCGCCUAGGUUACCGGGACUUGCAAGCCAGGCGAGUCGCGGCGAGGAAGUUCAUGGAAGACGCUGAGGACUGGACGACAGAUUGGACACAGGUUGUGCGAGUUAAGGUUGGCAGCUUCCUCGUUGAUGCCCUGAUGGAUGUUGCGACCGUUAUGCGGACAGGCGUGGACAAGAGAACCGGCGAGGCAAUCUCUGAGGAGCAGCCGGCGUUCUUCCACUCGUACGAAUACCUGCGCGGGUAUAAGCUUGGUGUCAUCAAGCUGAACCCUCUUAUCUCUGAGAAAAUGGCUAAGGAGUCUAUCCGGGAGACGUUACACCCGCGACAUUUGCCCAUGCUUGUGAAGCCGAAGCCAUGGCUGAGCCAUGAUCAGGGUGGCUACCUUUAUAACAAGACAUGGGUCAUGCGUUUUAAGGAGUCGCAAGAACAGCAGAGCUAUUUGCGACACGCGUCUUCUCUCGGCAACCUCGAGCUUAUUUACGCCAGUCUUGAUGUCCUAGGCAACACUCCCUGGAAGAUCAACCGCCGCAUCUUCGACAUCGUAUUAGAGGUCUGGAAUUCUGGUACUCGAUGGUGCAAGAUUCCGCCAGCGGCCUUUGAUGCACCGGAACCUGAGAAGCCGGAAAAUUUUGACACAGAUCCCAGGGCGAAGAUGAUUUAUCUGACAAGACAGAAGCAAUAUGCUCUCGGUAGAGCGAACAAUCAUUCUGACCGGUGCAGCGUCAACUAUAAAAUCGAGAUUGCCCGAGCGUUCCUGGGCGACACCAUUUACUUCCCUCACAAUGUCGAUUUCCGUGGCAGAGCCUAUCCCCUUCCGCCGCACCUGAGCCAUAUUGGUGACGAUCUCAGUCGUGGGUUACUGAUGUUCGGCGAGGCAAAACCGUUGGGAGAGCGAGGGCUCCGGUGGUUGAAGAUUCACCUUGCUAAUCUCUAUGGUUACGACAAGGCAAACUUUGAUGAACGCGUCAGCUUUGUUCAUGAUCACCUCGACGACAUCUUCGAUAGCGCGGACAAUCCACUGGAGGGGAAGAAAUGGUGGACUAAGGCGGAUGACCCGUGGCAGUGCCUCGCUACUUGCAUAGAGCUGAAGGCCGCACUGCAGUCGCCUGACCCGCACACCUAUGAGUGCGCGUUACCCGUGCACCAAGAUGGUACGUGUAACGGGCUGCAACACUACGCUGCCCUUGGUGGAGACGCGCAGGGUGCCCGACAAGUCAAUCUGGACGUCACUGACCGUCCCUCCGAUGUCUACACGUUCGUGGCGGAGAUGGUGGAGAAGGCUAUGGAGGAAGACGUCAAGCUUGACCACAAGUAUGCAAAGAUGCUGACUGGUAAGAUCUCCAGAAAGGUCGUCAAGCAGACCGUCAUGACCACCGUGUAUGGUGUUACCUUCAUUGGGGCUCGUGAGCAGAUCGAGAAGCAGCUAAAGGACAGGGGUGAUAUUGCUGCGGAAGAGUGUUGGCUCGCGGCGUCUUACGUUGCUAAAAAGGUGCUGUUAUGCAUUGGCGACUUGUUCAAGGGCGCCAAAGAUAUCCAGACCUGGCUGAACUCCUGCGCAAGGCUUAUUGCAAAGUCCAUCCCGCCUGACCGUCUUGAUGCGGCCACCGACGUGGAGCGCACAUUCGGUACUGGAAGGAAGAUGGUCAAGUCGACAGAGGCUACAAGGCUGAAGAAGGAACAAAUGACGUCGGUCGUUUGGACUACGCCAUUGGGGUUGCCAAUCGUCCAGCCAUACAGGGCGACAAGGCGCAAGCAGAUCAUCACCUCUCUGCAGACUGUCUUCAUCUCGGAUCCGAAUAGCCCUACGAGUGUCAACGCCUCUAAGCAGGCGUCGGCAUUCCCUCCCAAUUUUAUCCAUAGUCUUGAUGCUACGCACAUGAUGCUGACCGCCCUUGAAUGCAAGACGCAAGGCGUAACCUUCGCCUCUGUGCACGAUUCGUACUGGACGCAUCCAUCCAGCAUCGACCAAAUGUCUACGAUCAUCCGUGACACAUUCAUUGCCUUGCACUCGUCGGAUGUGCUUGGUAAGCUGGGUGACGAGUUCCUGCAGCGGUACAAGGGCUACAAGAUCCCCGUUUCCAGCUUGAAGAACACGUCGUUUAUACCCGGUUUCGGGCCGACAGCGCGCAGGAUCUCCGGUUCAAAAGCGAAGAAGCAGUCAGCGUCAGAAGUAGACCUAGCUGACGAGCCCGCAGACGAGGUAUCGGAGGAGUCCAAGUCUGUCGUGCGUACCGGGGAUGCAGACGCGCAGGUGCUCGCUGCGCUACAAUCACCAGUCGAUGUUGGAGAGAAGAAAAAGCGAGGUCGCCCGAGCGUAACGCCGGCCGCCGCAGUCAUGGAUGAAAACAAGUUCGUGGACCUGACGAGCUUCCUGCCGCCCCUUCCGCAGAAGGGGGUUUUCGACGUGUCCACGAUCAAGAAGUCGCUGUAUUUCUUCUCAUGA